AUGGCGGAGCGCAGGAGACACAAGAAGCGAAUUCAGGAGGUCAGUGAACCUACCAAGGAUGAGAAGGCAGUGGCCAAGUACCUGCGCUUUAACUGCCCCAACAAAUCCACCAACAUGAUGGGACAUCGAGUGGAUUACUUUGUCGCUUCUAAAGCAGUCGAAUGUCUGCUGGAUUCAAAGUGGGCCAAAGCAAAGAAGGGCGAGGAAGCUUUGUUCACAACCAGAGAGUCGGUGGUGGACUACUGCAACAGGCUCCUAAAGAAGCAGUUUUUCCACCGAGCCCUGAAAGUGAUGAAGAAGAAGCCAGAGAAAGAUGCAAAGAAAGAGAAAGAAAAAGAGAAAGAGAAAGAAAAAGAUAAGGCUAAAAGUGACAGUGGCAAAGAAGAGGAGAAAAAAAGCAAAAAGGACAAAGAUAAAAAGAAGGACUCUGAGGCUGUAGACACAAAGAAGGAAAAAAAUGAUGACAGUCCAGGAUCUCCAAAGAAGAAGAAGGACGUGAAAAAGAAAUUCAAGCUGGAACCUCAUGAGGACCAACUGUUCUUGGAUGGCAAUGAGGUUUAUUUUUGGAUUUACGAUCCAGUCCAUUUCAAAACCUUUGCCAUGGGCUUGAUUCUAGUGAUUGCCGUCAUCGCAGCCACUCUGUUCCCGCUGUGGCCCGCUGAGAUGAGAGUUGGUGUGUAUUACCUGAGCGUGGCAGCGGGAUGCUUCGUCGCAGGCAUACUUCUCCUGGCCGUUGCUCGCUGCAUCCUGUUCAUGAUCAUCUGGUUAGUGACCGGUGGCCGUCAUCACUUCUGGUUCCUACCGAACUUGACAGCCGAUGUGGGCUUUAUCGACUCCUUCCGUCCCCUCUACACGCACGAAUACAAGGGUCCGCGCUCCAGCUCCAAGAAAUCCAGCAGCGAGAAAUCUGACAACAAGGGUGCAGAUUCAAGCAAAGCGCAGAAAUCAGAUAGCGAGGACAAAUCGGACAGCGAGAAGAAAGACGGCGAUGAGGAAGAGGAUGAAGACGACAAUAAAGAAAUCGAGGCGAGCGAGGAAAGAAGAGCUGGAGCAGCAUACAGAGGAGGAGGAGGAGGAAGAUGA